AUGAAAAAUGAACAGAUAACUGCAGCCAUAGCAAAAAUAACGAGUACGCAGACGAAAAUACGCAAAAAGGAUAUUCUGAAAAUCACAUCCAUCAGGGAUAAUCCGAUAACAAAACACCUUCUCAAGAAAUUCACCAUAAACGGUACAUUUGAGUUCGAAAAACUUCUCGACGCCUUGAGGGAAUUUGCGCUCAAUGACCAGCUGUCACCUAAGAUAAAGCUGCUGUUCGAUCUGUAUGACUGUGACAAUGAUGGCGUUAUUUCGCGAUGUGAUCUUUUCAACGUGAUAAAGAUGUUCAGUGAUGAGAGCUUGUGCGAUUCUAAUAUACAAAAUGUUGUCGAUAGAUGCUUUUUAGACUUGGAAUGCAAUGAAAUCACCUUCAAAAAUUUUAAGACAUUUAUCGAAAACAGCAACCCGAACUUGAAAGUGUUCAUGAGAUGUUCAAAAUCGUAG